UGCUCCAUUUUCUUGGCAAGAAAGGGACUGGCGUGGCAUUAAUUGGCUGCUUUGCUUAAUGCUGUAGAAAUCCCAAUAUGCGUUCAGCUCAGCACAUCAUCGUUUAGAGGUAAAAGAGAAACGGAGGAUCAACAAAAAUACUUUCAGCAGCGUUGUUUUUUGAGCGACACUUGAAUUUCAAGCAUGUCCAUGGGACUGAUAGUAUUGGAGUAUUGAAUUCGUAGCUUGAUUAAGUUCAAGGAAUUUUGUUGGUUUGCUCGGUCCAAAUUCUUGGAAUAAUUCAAGGGAUCAUAGAAACUGCUUGUUUUGAGUAUUGGGUUUUAAUUUUUCUGCUGAAUUGUGAGAGUGAUUGAGGUUUUAAGUCUGUUUAAAGCAGAAUGAAAGACCUGAGAGAUUCACAAAAGAUUGCUUUAUAAGUGCAAACUAUUUUUAGGAUUGAUUUUCUGUCUCUUAUGAGAGUGAAAAAUGUAUUGCAAUUUUUUGGAACAUGGGGCAGAGUAUGCAAGGCAGGCUGUUAAGGAGGAUGAUGCUGGAAACUAUGUUAAAGCAUUUCAACUUUACAUGAAUGCAUUGGAGUAUUUUCAUACCCAUUUGAAGUAUGAAAAGAAUCCACAAGUUAAGAAAACAAUUAGGCAAAAGUCUUUGGGAUAUUUGACAAGGGCAGAGGAGAUUCGGGCCAUUCUUGAUAAUGGGGGGAGUGUGCCCACCUCAAAUGGUGGUCCUGCACUUGCUGCAGAGGCUAAGACAAAGCCAAAGCCAAAGCCAAAGGGCGGAGAAGGAAAAGACAAAGAGGAUUCAGAGCAAGCAAAGCUUAUGGCAGGCCUGGAUUCUGUUAUCAUUAGAGAGAAGCCAAAUGUUAAGUGGAAUGAUGUGGCAGGCCUUGAGAGUGCUAAGCAGGCAUUGCAAGAAGCAGUCAUUUUGCCUGUUAAGUUCCCACAGUUCUUUACUGGGAAGCGAAAACCAUGGAGAGCCUUUUUGUUAUAUGGUCCACCUGGAACAGGGAAGUCAUACUUAGCAAAGGCUGUAGCAACUGAAGCAGACUCAACUUUCUUCAGUGUUUCUUCCUCAGACCUUGUUUCCAAAUGGAUGGGUGAAAGUGAAAAGCUAGUUUCAAAUCUUUUUCGACUUGCUCGUGAUAGUGCACCUUCAAUCAUAUUCAUUGAUGAAAUUGAUUCAUUAUGUGGUCAACGAGGUGAAGGCAAUGAGAGUGAAGCAUCUCGCCGCAUCAAAACCGAACUUCUGGUACAGAUGCAGGGUAUAGGAAAUGAUGAUCAUCAAGUUCUUGUUCUUGCAGCGACAAAUACUCCAUAUGCUUUAGAUCAGGCCAUCCGGCGGCGUUUUGACAAGAGAAUAUACAUUCCUCUCCCAGAUCUGAAGGCAAGGCAACACAUGUUUAAGGUGCAUCUUGGAGAUACUCCUCACAAUUUAACUGAAAGUGACUUUGAGCAUUUGGCUCGGAGAACAGAAGGUUUUUCAGGGUCAGAUAUUUCUGUUUGUGUUAAAGAUGUACUCUUUGAACCAGUUCGUAAAACCCGGGAUGCUAAAUAUUUCAUGAAGAUCUCUGAUGGGACGUGGUUCCCUGGUGAUCGAACACAAAAAGGAGCUGUCAAAAUCACAUUGGAAGGACUCGAUGGGAAAGGCCUUGCUUCAAAGACUCUAAAUUUGUGGACUUGUUGCAUGUGCUUUGACUUGAAUGACUCACUCGCAUGGGGAACCAAUGACUUUCCAGAUCCUUCCACCUCCCAUCACAAGAGCAGAUUUUGAUAAAGUGCUUGCAAGGCAGAAGCCAACAGUAAGCAAAGAUGAUCUUGAGGUGCAUGAAAGAUUCACAAAGGAGUUUGGGGAGGAGGGCUGAUGACUUUUAAGCAGAAGACUUGGCCUUGAUGAACCAUACAUAGAGAUUAUGACCUAAACCGUUUAUAUCAUCGUUUUACUGGUCUGUAAUAUAAGUAAGAAUAGUGUGGUGUGUAAGUCUAUAUAUAUGUAUAUGGAUCAUUGCUUGUCAUUUUUCUUAUAAUUUUCCUUUUCCUUUCUA